AAAUGGUGAGGGCGUCCAUGCAGACGAUCUGUUGCCGCUCUGUUGUGCAAGGCCGCGCUCGCCUGCGGCCACGGAGUCGCGCCAAGCGUACGUGGUAGCAGCGGCUCGACGGGAAACCGUGAACUGUGGUGGUGGUUGCGCAGUCGUGGGCAGGCCGCACCUCUGUGUGUGUGUCCGGAACUGGAUAAACGGCAAGAGGAAACGGUGGAAACGUAAUGCAUAGUGUGGCCUGGAGGAUGCGGUGGCAGCCCUUUCUCACUCUUUUGCUCAUCUUUUUCCUCUCUUUCUUCUUCCUGCACGAAGAGGUGGAAGCCGCCAGAGGGAACAGGGGUAGUGCGUGCCGGGCAAGACACCCAACGCGUAACUUCGAGCUGACUGACGGUCGAUGCAUGCCAGUGCACGAGUGCCUGCAGUCUUUGAGGGACGUGGGCAGACUCAAGUUCCCAAUCUUCUGCGGUGUCGACAUCCUGCUGCCCAUCGUGUGCUGUCCCACCUGGCCGCGUCCGUCCACGCCCCCGACGACAGCGAGCCCAGUGACACCACCACCGGCGAUGCCAAUGCCAACACCAGACUCAUCCGCGAAAUUUGUCGACGGACCACCACAAGAACCUUUACAAAGCCCACCAGCAGACAGCCCACCAGCUGUCCCUGUCGUGUAUUCCGAAUCAGAUGAACCGGCGGCUGAGUGCGAGACGCCCACUGGUCAGCCGGGUGCGUGCCUGCCGCUGGAAAGCUGUGUGCCGCUGCGCGAACAAGUUCGCCGCAAGGAAUUCCCGCCACUCUGCGAUCUGCGAGGCACAACGCCGUACGCCUGCUGUCCCGCGAGACUGUUCCGCCAAGGCUCGCAUCACAUCCACGACGUGGAGACGACUACUGCACAGCCUGAGGACGAUAUGCCGACGGCGGCUCUGAACAGGGCCGUUCGCAUGACGCAGAUCGUGCUCGAGAACAAUCAUUUGUGGAAGGACCCCGAAGUUGUUUCUUGGUCAGCAAAGGAGGACCGUACCCACCGUUUGGGAGGCCGCUCCGUAAACCUCGGAAAGUACCCUUUUGCCGUGGCCAUAUAUCGAAAUGAGGUGAACAUUCUCAACUACUGGUGCGGCGGUACGCUCAUCACAUCCCGAGUUGUCCUGUCUGCGGCUCAUUGUUUCGCCUAUUCACUGAAUGGCACCAAGUACAUCGCCCGAAUCGGCGGCGUGAACAUCUCGGACACGAGCAACUCCACGUUCGUGCAGAGGAACGUUGCCUCGGUGAUCGUGCACCCGGAAUACAAUGACAGGCGUCACUACAACGACGUCGCUCUGUUGCUGCUGGAUGUGCAAGCGCGACUGAGAGGCGUGUCACAGCCGUUCGCCUGCUUGCCGGAUGCAGAUUCUGCCCCAGUUGUGCACGGAAUCGCCACCGUGCUGGGCUGGGGACACAACUCCUUCGGUGGCACCCUGCAGACCGUACUUCAGGAAGCGCAGGUUCCUCUUGUGGAGAACGCCGCGUGCGACCGAGCGUAUAAAUCGCUUGGUAGCUACGAUCGCGAGUUUCCGCAGGGCGUCAACGAGCAAUUUGUCUGCGCCGGAAACAUUACAGAUGGUGGUGUCGAUGCUUGUCAGCAAGACUCAGGUGGCCCGUUGGUCGUGAGUGUGGAACGUGGAAGACAAACCUACUACGAACUGGUCGGCGUCGUGUCCUUCGGUGUUGGCUGCGGCUCGGCUGCCUUCCCAGGGGUGUACGCCAGCGUGUCACAUUUCAUGCAGUGGAUUCUCAACGCCACGGCCAGUAUCGUUCCUGAAGACGCGUACGCGGGUACAAAUUUCGUCUGACUGAUGUCAACGGCGAGUCUCAACAAAUCGAACAUUUAUCCUGUGCUGGACGCUGAAUAAAUCACCCACAAGUGUCACA